GACACCACUCACGGUCAAACUAUCAGUUCUGAACGACUUAAUCUGAAAAACUCCUAUUUGACUGUCGUGUCGGACCGUGAGUUGCUCAUUCAAACCUUAACUAUCAGAAUUGAUGUUCCAAGCAAAUGCAAGAGGACCUUCUUAAUUAAUCUUACCCUUCAUUCUGGAACUAUGGAUGACAGAGAGUAUUAUCCUGAUCCCAAACGGAUGAAAUUAUCGGAUAUGUCUCCUAACUUUGGGGGUUCACAACCUUGCAUUUGUCCACCACCGAGAAAAGGGCUUCCUCAGGAGCAAAGUAGUGCGGCAUGGGAUGGGAGAGUGGAAAAUGUCAGAGCUUGGCUAAAAUCUGGUGGCAACAUUAAUGCUGUUAACCAGUAUGGUGGCACCCUUCUGUCUGCUGCAUGCUGUAAUGGACAGGCCGAAGUUAUGAGAGAACUGAUGUUACACCCAGAUCUACACCUUAACACUGUACAUGGUGGGAAAACGGCUCUCGCCCAGGCAAUUCACUAUGGUCACACUGGAUGUGCCGAAAUGAUCCUUACUUCGUCACUGAAGUGUCGGCCAAUAUUAACUGGACAUUGGACUGCGGUGGAAGAUGUUCUUAAACGUCAACCGGCAUUAAGCCAUGACUCAGCAUCUUAUAUCCUUUCUUGUGCAGCGCAGGAAAGUGAAUGGACUGCUGUGGAGCUACUGCUCGCGAUGAAUAUAUCGUUCACUGUGGGUGAUUUGGAUCCAUUACUUCAAAAAGCCUUUGCUCUAAAUGAGUGGCAGAUAAUUUAUUCCGUUCUUCGUAGGAAAUUCCGUCAUAAGGGGGAGUGCAUGAAUGAAAUAUUAGCAAAAUUAAUUGAUCGGAGAGACUGGGAAAAAGUAGAUGUUUUACUAAAGUUGGAAAAAAAAUAUGCAAAGUUUGAUGUGAUGUUGGCAGAAGCAUGUCUGGAAGAAAAUGAGUUGAGAGCCCAUCAGUUAUUAAAGCAAAACAAAUAUGAUGCUGAGACACUGAAUGGUACACUUUUAGUGGUUGCUGGAGGUGGAACGAGUGAGGAAGUUUGCCACCUGUUAAUGGAUUCCUACCAUUUGUAUACAGAUGAAACACUUGUGAAUGCAAUUUAUUUGACAUCCAUGAAGAAUAACUUGGAGCUUCUGCCAUUUUUGCUUCAAAAACAUUUCCAGCGAAUUAGUUAUCAAGCCUUAAGUUCAGCGCACGAUGCAGCAGAAAGAUUCGGGAAUAGAAAUGCUCAAAAACUCCUAGAACGAGCUCUUGAAGUGAAGGCAGUGAAACUGUUUUCCUUAGAAUGAAGAACCAAUGCUCUGGAGCAGCUCAUUUAUACACGGUUUAUGCGAGACCAAGAUAUCGUUGUACUACACCGCUGCCGUUAAUAGAAAAGACAUCGUAUGAAGUUUACCGAAUCUCACCUGUGAAAGAAUAUGCCUUGUUACAAGUGUUUUAUGCCUUAUGGUUAUUUAUUUCUUGUUCUGCCUGAGGUAUGUCACCAAUAACACCACCAUGAAUUUACUUUAAUGUAUUUACUAGUGAAACCAGGUGAUAUGCACAUUGUUGUGUAUACUGGGAUGUAUUAAGACUUCUCCAGCUGAUGAAAUGUGUGUAGGAAAAAAGGGCAUAGUGACCCUUCACCUGAAGUAAAGUAAUUUGUUUGAAUAUGACAUUGAAUUUUGAUUUUUCUAUUUAUAACAAACCUGAUGCAAUGUCUUGAUUUAACUGGUCAGGUAUGCAAUAAGAUACAAAAAGAGAAAAUAAAUGGUAAAUUAUUAGCCAGUAGGUUUUUUUAAUUUGCAACAUGAACAUUGUAUAAGGUUUGAGAAAAUAAUAAGUGUACAUAUUUAAUACCUUAUAUGUUGAGACUGCCAGUAUUUAACAUCGCUUUGUAAGGUGACUUAUACUUUUUAGUAAUCAAAAUAAAGUUUAUGAGGCUUUGGUUUAAAAAGGAUUUUCCUAUUGCUAGAGCAAGAUUAUUAUGUACAAUAUUUUAAUUAUUUAUUUUUUAUAUAAGGGCUUUCAAUGUUUGUGUGGCACACCGAUAUUGCAAUUGUAGGAAAUCUUGAAUUUUAUUUCUGUGGUUACAUCCAUACAUCACUGAGUGAAUACAAAAUGUUCCUGUUUUAAACAAAAGUACUAUAGUGGUUAUGAAAACUCAAAAAUUCAAGGAAGAAAGAAUAGUUCUACACAGAAUUUCGAGACACUGCGUCUCCUCUCCGGCAUGGAAAAUCCCAAUAAAGUUACACAGUUAUAUGAAUAGAAACAGCUUACCGUGCAUUAAAUGUACAUGGACAAAAGGGCCAGUGUUAAAAUAAUUAUUGCAACAUUACUAAAAGCACUGAAACUGAAGGUGGUUCAAUUUACAAUAUGUAGUCCAUAAUAAUAAUCAGCUAAGUACAAAACUUGAGACUAAGAUUCAGAUGCUAAAACUGUAAGUACUAAUUGCACUUGGAGGCAACGACCUUACAUCAGUUCUUGGGGUCUUGUUAACAUUGCUCUCAGGACUGCUGAAAAUUUGUUAGAAGAAUAAUCAUACAAGUUAGUAUAAUGGUUUAAUUAUUAUGUUUAACUUUUUAAAUACUUUCACAUAACCUCCCUUACAUUUUGAGUGAAGUUUUGAUCAUUUGGGUGAAUAGUGAAGAAAGUAUGCCUAUGAAUUGUUCCCUGUUUAUUGAAGUGCUGAAAUAAAAUGAAUUUCUGUAACCUAAACUACAUAACUGUUUGAAUAUGUUGGUUGAAUUAUGUCACAUUUGUAUUUCUUUGACUGAAUGACUCGUAAAAAAACUAAAACAACCUGAACUUGAACACAAGCUCAGUCUGAAGACUGCACCUGGACUUACCUCUCAUAAACUGGCUCAGUCAAUGCUCUUGUUCACAGUUCAUCACAAAGCAUGGCUUCAGUUCAUCCCAUGGGGUGCACUGUGGCCAUUACUAAAGGAUCUUUGCAGCAUCCCCUCGGCCCCUAACUGCAAUCCCUUUCCUUCCUUUUACUGUACCUCCAUUCAUAAUAUCUUUCUUCCAUCUUGCUAUCCACCCUCUCCUAACAAUGAUUUCAUGGUGCAACUGCUUUGAGGUUUUCCUCCUGUUAUACCUUUCAAACUUACCUGCUCUCAAUUUCCUUUUCAGUGCUGAAUGAAUGAAUGACCUCAUAGGUCCCAGUGCUUGGCCUUUGGCUUAACUCUAUAAUCCAGUGAUAAAGCAUGACAAUACAGUACUGAAAUCAUCGUACAGAAUGAUGCACUGUGACUGUCAGUGGUAAAACAGGCUACAGGUAAUGACAUUAGAGCAGUUAAGUUCAAUUAGACUAUUCUAGAGAUGUCCUGUUGUAUAUUCACCUUGAAUUUUGGUAAAAUUGAGUACUACUGGCAAAAGAGAUGAAAAUUGGAAACCA